GCGCGAUUUCAGUCGCUACGUGAAACUCACCGCAAGCACAACGAAAACGCGCGCAAACCGUGCCAAAAAGUCGUGUUAAAAUUAAAGCUGGGCCGACGAUCGAUAGAGUUCUCAACCAAAGGAAACACAAUAAAUAAUUAUCAUUAAUUGCCAAUUGUUGAAAAAGGGCUUACGUUGAAAGUGAAGUGCGUGAGAGAUUAGAAAGUCUAAGCAAUAAAUCAUAUUCAAAAUGCCGAAACCUCUCGUCAAAUCCUGCUGCCUGUGUCAGUCGACACGUAAUGGCUCCAUUAUAUCAGGAACUUUGGCCAUCAUUCUAUCCAUCAUCACGAUAAUUGUGAUAUUCACAGCACGCGUGCAUUUCAAGACGAUUAUCUUUGACUUCAUACCAAACAACAUAGUGAAAAUCAUUCUAGUGGUAAAUCUAUGCAUGACUAUAUUGAUAUCAUUGCUAAUGAUGUUCGGCGUUGUCAAGCGCAAUCAUUAUCUGAUGGUUCCGUGGGUGGUGCUGGGCAUAAUGAUUGCCAUUGGCUUGCUCAUUUCUGUAAUUUACACUGCCGUCGUCUUCUUCAUCGACGGCUUCGUACUGACGGGCGUUCUGUGGCUAAUCUUCGGGCUGAUCUGUUGCGCUAUACUCACAUAUUGCUGGUGUGUCGUCUACAGUGAGUACGCAAAUCUGGCCGAGGAGAGCGAACGUGGGCGGUACAACAAGCAGCCGUAUCGUCGUUGAUCGACUUUGUAGAUCAGAAAGAUCUAUCUUAUCUGUUAGUUGAUAAUAAACUAAAAUAAAACUGCUUUUGUUCGUAA